GAAUUGAUAUCUUUUGCAUUGGAUGCUAAUAAGGCAUCAACAACCUCAUCAAGGAACAUUCUCGACGAGGAAUGGAGCGAAUCCGGGCACAACACCGAGUGUAUGGAAACGUUGCAAUCACGAAUGAGUAAAACAAUUUCCUCAAGUUAUCCUUCACCGAUCCCGUAG